GCUUUUUGUUCACUCGUUCACCGCUUUCUUCAAUAGUCGUAGCAUAUCAGUGAUAUUGACAAACUCGAUUGGAAAAGACCUUUUCCUUCUUUUCAAUUGAUGGCUUCCUCCAUUUCUCUGCCGUUCGUCAUCUGGCACAACUUCACCAACCCAAACACCACAAGCCUCGCCUGCAAUCCCCCUCAUGUGUAUGCAGGUCAAAAGGACGGCCAUAUCUGGGUCUAUCAAAUGUCCCUCGAUCCACCCACAUUACAGCAUAAAUUCCUUCUUGUUGGGCAUAAAGCUCCGGUGGUGGCACUAUGCGUGAUAAAGAACCACACAAAUUCGCUUUCAAACGACGACGUGCUUAUCAGUGCAGCAGAAGACGGCGAGAUCGCACGCUGGAGUGUUGUAGACGGCCGCUGUCAAGCGGUGAAUAACAGUGGAUUUAUGGGGGUGCCUCGCUAUUUAAAAGUGUUUAAACAGUUUUCCAGUCGUCACAUCUUUUGCUGUGGACAGUCCAACGAUAUAUUCAUCCUCAAUGCAACCACCCUCGAGGUGGUGAGCGUAUGGGGAGGACACGCCAACUGGGUGGUAUGUACGGAUUUUUGCCCUGAACGUAUAUUGUCAUCCACCGGCGCGCAGCAACAGGGGCAGCAACCGAAACUGGUCACCAUGACCAUGGACGGGCGCUUGGAUACUUGGAAUUUCGAUGUAUCAAAGCAAAUUAUUUACAAAGACAAGUCGAUCCUUCACCAACCUCUCUCUUCCGAUCAAACCGUUUCCACCUUUAAUGCCCACUUUGAUCUAAUCAGCAGUGAUUCCACACCCGGAAUUUGUAUGGCAUUAACCGAUGAAAAAGUGGUGAUUUUUGCUUUACACAACAAUAACGAGUUUAUUCCCCACAUCACCCUUCCGGCCAAAUCUGGCACCAGCUGGACUGGCGGUGUAUUUUGUGAGACAAAUCGACUGAUGAUAUGGACACAGAAUGGUGACAUAUAUGACUAUGUUCUGCAUCCACCCCAAGGCGUGAAAACUGGAUCCAUGGCAUCCAACGAACAACAAUUGUAUUACACUGAAACGCUUGUGCAAUCUUAUUCCAUGGAUGAGAAUGCGUGUGGUAUGCCGGAAUCCCGCUUCACGGCCGUUUACGAAGACACGUCAGACGGCAUGAUUGCUUUGCUGUCGGUCGCUAAUGAUAUUGAAAGGUCAACUUACGGGAUCCAAAUUACCGCAUCCGAUAUAUCCACCGACAUCAACACCACCUCCCCGUCACCCGCGAAAAAUUUGUCCCUAGGUUGGUGUGGACCUGAUCGAUGAAUUUCUCAUUUUUUUUCCACGACCCCGCUGACGAUGGAUACGUGAGCAA